AUGACUUCUCCAAUGAUUCAAAAAGAAAUUGUGACUGCAUGCAAAAUUGAAACAAUUAAGGCUAUCAUAGAAGAAUUAAAUGGUGAUUACUUUGCCUUGUUGAUUGAUGAAUCUUUUGUUUUAUCGCGCAAGGAGAAAUUGACCGUUGUUUUACGAUAUGUUGAUAGAAUGGGAUUUGUGAUGGAGCGACUUAUCGACAUUAUUCAUGUUCAAGAUACUUGUGCAUCAUCUCUAAAGGAAGCAAUUGUUAAUUUACUUGCUCAACAUUUCUUGAGUCUUUCUUAUGUACGUGGACAAUGUUAUGAUGGAGCGAGUAAUAUGCAAGGUAGAAUCAAUGGCCUUAAAAUGUUGAUUAAGCAAGAAAGUAGAUCGGCUCAUUCUGUUCAUUGCUUUGCUCAUUAA